AAAGAAAAGAAACACACUCAUUUUAUCUCAACCGAGCAACCAGCUACCGAGAGAGAGCCAUGGACCUCGCAACGGGGGCCAUGGGUAGUCUGCUCCUCAAGCUUGGCGAACUCCUCAAGGAGGAGUACCACCUCCAGACCAGCGUCAAAAAAGACGUCCAGUAUCUCGAGAGAGAGUUGAUGAGCAUGCAUGCUGCCCUCCGCAAGGUUGGGGACGUGCCACGGGAUCAGCUCGACGAACAGGUCAAGCUCUGGGCCGAGGAGGUCAGGGACAUGUCAUAUAAAAUGGAGGAUAUCGUCGACAAGUUCCUGGUGCGUGUCGAGGGCACUGAGCAUGCCGUCAAGCCACGCAAGCUCAAGCGGCUCAUGAAGAAGAUGGGCGGCUUGUUCACCAAGUUCAUGACAUGCCAUGCCAUUGGUGACAAGAUCAAAGGAAUCAAGGCCAGUGUCCAGGAGGUGGCUGACCGGCGUGACCGGUACAAGGUCGAAGAUGUGGUCCCUAAUCCAGCUGGCCUAGCCACGGUCGACCCUCGCCUAUCGGCUCUUUACAAGGACCGGAAAGAGCUAGUUGGCAUUGAUCAUUCAUUGAAUGAGCUAACCAAGAUGUUGAGUGAUGGGGAUGGUGAUGAAUCCAAGCGACUCAAGAUACUCUCUAUUUUUGGAUUUGGAGGCCUUGGCAAGACAACUCUUGCCAAAGCGUUGUAUGAUAGGCUCCAAGAGGAAUUCUAUUACAGCGCUUUUGUUCCCGUAAGACGGAAUCCUAGUGUGAAGAAACUUCUCAAUGACAUUCUCUUUGCAAUUAAAAAGCAAAUGUACCCGGGAUUGGAUGAAAGGCAGCUUAUUGACGAACUCCGAGGAUUACUUGAGAACAAAAGGUACUUCAUCGUUAUUGAUGACAUAUGGGAUACACAAACAUGGGAAAUAGUUAAGCUCGCUUUGGUGUGUAAUAAUUGUGGAAGCAGGAUAAUUACAACUACUCGUAUACUCGAAGUUGCCACAAUGACUGGUGAAGUAUACAGGUUACAACCGCUUUCCCAUGAUCUAUCCAAGGAUUUAUUUCAUAGAAGAUUAUCUUGUGGUGAAAUAAAACAGCCAAGUCAUCUUCCAGCAGAGGUAUACAAUAAAAUUCUACAUAAAUGUGGUGGUGUACCAUUGGCUAUAAUCACAAUAGCUAGUUUGCUCAUCAAUAAACCAGUGGAGCUUUGGUCCAAGGUAUACACCUCAAUGGGUUUUGGGCAUGAAGAGAACAAAGAUGUGGAUAACACGAGGAAAAUACUUUUAUUUAGCUAUUAUGAUCUACCUUAUCACCUAAGGACUUGCUUAUUGUAUCUGAGCAUAUACCCGGAAGAUCGUCUGAUUGAAAAAGAUAGCUUGAUAUGGAAGUGGGUUGGCGAAGGUUUCAUCCACGACAAACCAGGGGUAGGACUAUUUGAGAUUGGUGAGAGGUACUUCAACGAGUUGGUGAACAAAAGCAUGUUAAUGCCGGUAGAGACCCCACAAUAUCAUGGCAUCAUAACUGGGUGUCGUGUCCAUGACAUAAUACUUGAUAUGAUAUGUCUAUUGUCAAAGGAAGAAAACUUUGUUACUGUAUUGGAUAAUAAUGAGCAAUAUACAAAUUCACAUUGCAAUGAUCGUAGGCUAGCUGUUCAACAAAGCUUCAAACCGUUGGCUAGCACUUCUACAUUUCAAGCAAGGUCACUUAAUGCCAUGUGCAAUGCUAAGAUGUUGCCAUCACUUUCAUGCUUUGAAGUUUUGCGGGUCCUAGCUUUGGAAGGCUCAGCUAGUUCGCACAAUCCUAAUUAUCUUGAGCUUGUUGGAAAGUUAGUUCACUUGAGGCACCUCAAAGUAGCUAGCAUGGGUAUCCGUAAGCUCCCAAAGGAAAUAGGAAAUCUGAAGUUCUUGCUAGUAUUGGACUUGGGUGGAAACAGCGUAAGUAAACUUCCACAGAGUGUUGGUUGACUAAGUCAACUCAAGUUCUUGAACAUCAGUGAAACAGACAUUGAAGUGCCAAAUUGGAUUGGGAAUUUGACUUCUCUGGAAGAGCUAUGCCUAUAUAAAGUUGAUGAGCACUCGAACUUUGUGAUAGAGCUGUCCAAGUUGACAGAGUUGAGGAAGCUCCGCGUUUCUAACACUUUAGAACUGUGGACUGACAGUGCAAGGAAUGCUUGGGCAGAGUCUAUAGCUAAACUGAAUAAGAUCCAAACCAUUGACAUUAAUCUUAUUGCCUCGUUUAGAAUUCCUGCUGAUGAGAGCACCUGGGAACGGUAUGCCCUCUGUCCACAACUCCGUGUUCUACACAUGGCCUACGGAGAACCUGGGCUAGUGGCAAGGAUCAAUCCCCGUCUUCUUCCGAACCUCUCCCAUUUAGAACUAUUUGUAUGCACCUCGGAACUGGAGGUCUUUGGAAAUUUCCGAGAGCUUGUUACCCUGAAGUUGUGCUCGUGGUCAGCUCUCCACCAUGACACCAUGGGUGGUGCAGGUGCUUUCCCCAAGCUAAGGGUAUUCAAGACAGAAGCAACGAUUGGCUCAUUUUUAAAGGGAGAUAUGCCGAUCCUUGAAUCUCUCCAGUUUCGCGUUGUAGCCCAAUCCAAUGGUGAUGGCGUUAGCUUUGACUUUGACUUUGCUAGCCUAGGGAACCUCCCUUUGCUUCAGUUUGUCAAAGUCUUUUUACUUGCCCAUCCUGCGGACCACAAGAAGGCUGAGGAAACGGUGAGGCGUGCAAUUGAUAUGCUUCCCAACCGUCCCAGCCAUCGUAUCCAUUCAUAUGAUAUAAUAAUAAAUAGGAGCUAAACUUAUUGAUCUAAGCUAGCGGGUAUCUCGACAGCAAUCAAGGUACAUAUGUACGCUACCUAUCUAUCUAAGCAGUAACUUUUCCAAUCCAAAAUAAGUGUCGUAGUUUUGAGUUGAGGUUAUUUCAAAACUGGGACACUUAUUAUCUGCACGCCUUGUCUUUCUUUUCUUUCUAGAGUAAAUAACAUCAAUUGCAUGAAGAUCAACUGUAAAAAAAAAAGCAGUUCCAAUCUGAAUGCACGCUACAUAUAUCGUUCUCAUCAUUUUAAAAUAACCAUGCAUACUCCACAUGUCUGGUUUCUGAGAGUCACUUCAUACAUGUAGGCUGGCAGUAUUAACCAAUCACCGCGGAGAAAGAAAGAUAGUGAGAGACUUCCCUUUGUUUGCUCUAUGUAUUGUCUUUGGAAGCAAACAAAAAAACAUAUCUUUGCUUUGUUUUCUUUUGUAGCAAAUUGAAAAAAAAAUGGAAAGCAAAACAAAAGUGUCUCUUUGCUAUGUUUCUUUUGUAGCUAAUGAAAAAAUCACAAAAAAAUGAUUGUUUUACUGUCUUUUGUAGUAAUAAAGGAAAAAGAGAAUCACAAAAAUAUGUUUAUUUUGUGGAGUCUAGUAGUAUGUUAUUUGGUGGUUUAGCUAGGAGAAAAAAAAUCCAAAAAACUUGUUGGGUUCUCGUACCAUUUGUGUGUUGUGUCUUCCUGUGUACAU